CAACGCGCUGAAGAGGGAAAGAGAAAAGAGAUGUGGCCCGAGUUGUGCCGACUUUGCGAGCGGCCAGCGGCCGAAGGCGGCUAUCGAGGCGCCGAAUUAGAUUUGCAGGCGCUGGCCGAGUGGUGUUUGAAUUAUUUGGGCACAACUUUGGCCGACGAGGUCAAGGACGAAGACCUGUUUUGCUUCUUCUGCGUUUGGGAUGCGAGGUUUUUGCAAGAAACGAUGGUUGGCCCUGAAUCAGAUCUUAUUCCGUGCUGGUGGCCGGAUGAAAAAAUCAAGGACUCAAAGCUAAUGUCUUAUGAAAAUUUUAAAGUUGGAAAACUUCAGCAGUGCUGGGUGACCUUGCAAAAACUGCCCCUUUUCCAUGAAAGUGCAACAAGUGAAAUUAAUUUGGACAAACCAAAAUUCCAGUGCAUUUAUUGCAUUAAAUCUUUUCUAUGUAAAUCUAAAAAAAAUUUUCAUAUAAAAGUAAACCAUGGGACCAUUGCAAUUCGUUGCAAUUAUAAUGUAAACUGUUCUAAUUACUUUUUAAGUAUGGAGGAAAGAGAUUUGCACAUCAAAGAGUUUCAUCUCAAAUCAAAAGUGCCAGUUCUUCGAAACUGCAUUUACUGUGAAAGAAAAGACUUUACCAGAACUGCACUUUGGGUUCAUAUUAAAAGAAAUCACACUGAUGUUGCCCUCGUGUGUCCCAAGAGGUGUGCAAAAAAACAUUUCAAAUCAGAAAAUGAGCUGAAAAUCCAUUUGGAGACUCAUCACAAAAGCAUUGAAGAAAAGAAGAGGUUCAAAUGCUCAUCAUGUAACUACCGGGCUAUGGAGAGGGGUUAUCUUAAAUCUCAUGAGGUGAAAGUUCACCACAAGUUAGUUCCUUUAUCAUUUAAGUGCUUGGAGUGUCCAGCUACUUUUAUAAGCAAUGCAAGCUUAAGAAGUCACAAUUCCUAUUACCACAAAUAUCGGGACUGCAUUCAUUGUAAAAUGAGAAUUUCAUUUGGAUAUUUUAACCAACAUUGCUAUAUUGUCGGUUGCAGAGUUUGCAAAAUUAAAUUUAACUGCCGUGGAUUGCUAGACGAUCAUAAGUUGAAAGGAUGCCCUAAGCCAUCGUACAGUUGUGAAUAUUGUUUGAAGGCAUUUGAAAAAAAAAUAAAUAUGCAGUACCACUUAUUCCGUGAACACCUGCAGGUGCCGAACCCUAGAUUUAAAGAUUGCCAACACAAAUGCAAAAUAUGUUUCAGUUCUUUUAAAUUACCUGGAAGUCUGAAAAAACAUAUUUUUCAUAAGCAUUCUAUUGAUCGCAGAGUUCAAUGUUUUCAUUGCCAAAAAAUAUUUGCAAGAAAACGUGAGUUAACUUACCAUUUGGCUGAUAAACAUGAUUGCAUUGAAAAUAAAUUCAGCUGCCAAUUCUGUCUAAGAAAAUUUUUCACUGCCUAUCUAUUGAAACGUCACACACGCACACACGAUAAGAAAGCAAAAUGUUUUGUUUGCAAUAAAUAUAUGUUGCCAAAAAGCCUUACAAAUCAUUUCAUAAUUGUACAUAAAAUAAAACCACAAAAGUUGAAAAAUGUAUAAAAGCGUCAAAUUAACCAGUAUGAUUGUGUUUGCUUAUACUUCAAUGAUGAUCUUUUCAUAAAUUUUUUACAUUUUUCCUUUUUUUAUUUCCCGUUUUUUUUCUUGUUUGUAAAAUUGAUCAAAAUUGAUUUUUUUCCUUUGUAUGAUGAAAUUUUGUGCUGUUGGGUGUAAAUAUAAUAAAAAAGUAUUUGCAA